AUGAAGUUCCUGCGCUCUCUGAGGCUCCACGCCGGGUGCCCCCUCCAGAUUCAAAGGUCCAGGGGAACAAUAAGCAAAAGGAGCAAUGUCCACCUAGAGAACAAUUAUGUUUACCUCUCAACAUUGCGUGAAUGGGUGGAAAGGGAAGGAAGAGAGGAAGGACUCGAUGAGCCUCACGGGAUAACAACCCUCGUCGGUAGGAAUGGAAAUCAUAUUAUAAAUCACCCCUCGGGGAGCUUCAAAUCGAGGAAGAUGUCUCCCCCCGCUUUUCAUUCACAGCAUGGCAGGUCCACAGAGACAGAAGCAGUGAAGAACAAGAUAGAAUUCCUCAUGCGAAGAAACACGCACGGAACGAUAAAUGACACAGUGUUUAAAAUUCUGUCUGUUAUUAAUGAAAACCCGAAAAACAAAAACGUAUAUAUAAAUAAAAAUAUUUUAAUUGCCUUUCAUACAUUGUUAAUAAAAAAAAAAUACCAUUUGAGCAUUUCCAAGGGAAGUAUAUGUAACGACCUUCAACCAAGCAUCUUCCAUUACAUCCACCACAAUGUCAAUCUGCACUUAAAGCAUUAUCACUUAAGUAACGUUAGUGAGUUGCUUCGCGGCUUGUCUAAAUACAUGCACAAGGUGAACCCCAGUCAAAGUACUAAAGAGUUAGUUCAAAAUAUUUUUUAUUUUCAUUUUAUUUCUCAAUUUAAUUAUUUUUAUUAUUUUCGAAGAAGGGGGAAUCCUGAAUCCUUUGGUGGGGACCAUGAAAGGGGUGCAUUCUUCAGGAAGAGUAGUGGACGAAUCUACGAAAGUCCAGACCUUCCGGGGGGGCACAAAAACAGUGAUGAAUUUUGCAAGAAAGACAUUCAUAAUGAGGCAUAUUGCGAAAUCGCGGAGGGGAGGAACCUUUCUGGCAAAACGGUACUCCAGUUAGGGAGUCCUCGAAAUGAGAAAAUCAGGGAAUACCCACUUAAAGGAUCUAACCGAAGUGGUGAUCCCAAUGGGCGGGAUGAAGUCAUUUUCAAUCACCUCAACAGUUACGUUGUUUUUCUCAGCAACCACCCGAUGUACGCCUCAGAGAAGGUUCUACACAUUAUUUCACUACUCGCGAAUAAGGUUACCCAAGCGAACGUGAGCGCUAAAUUGGCACUAUCCUUCUUGUCCUCGAGCGUGAACAUCUUUGAUAAACAAAAGGGAAACGGACGGAAGCUCCUCCUGCAGAGGAAAGUGAACUACGACAUAUUGUACGCUGUGAUAAGGGAGUGGAACGAACAAGUAGGGGAAAAGCCUUCUGGGGAAGAACAUAAGAGGGAUCCCUCCCCAAGUGCCCAAAUGAAGGAAGGAAAGAAAAACGCGUCUCCACUCUUCGUGCGAAAUCUAUGGGCAUACUCCCAUAUAAUUAAUGUUUUGAAAAUUUUAAAGGUGAAAAAUUUCCUCUCUUCCAAGUUUUCCUUUUCGGAGGAUGCGGAACGGUGUCUAGUGCAGCUCUUCAACAGCGCCACAAGUCUCUUGGGGAGCUUCACUCCUGGUACUCCUUCUCCCUACACGAUGAGGAAAGAAGAAUGUAACUCUCAUUGGAGCACUGUGCCAACACAGAACGAGCUAAAUAGCAUUGCAACGAUCUAUGUCAAUACAGCAGCCCUCCUCAGCGAAGUAAAAAAUUUGUGCACCUUCCAUUCGUCUCUUAUGAUCAUACUGAAAAGCUGUUACAGGAAUGUUCUUACGUACUACCCCCUGUUGCAUGAAAAUAUGAUCAUCAAUCUUGUUAGGGGAAUCCACUACCAGAUGGAAGCAUAUUCGGAUAUGAAUUCUUUUAUGAGUUGUUUCUAUAAGAUGAAGAAAUUAGAGGAGGAAAAAAGCUCCCCCUGUGUGAUGUCCCAGUCAAAUGAAGGAGAAGAACUAGUCAACGCAGUUAAAGAUCUGUUGCACCUUCUUGCGGAGGUAACUAACUGUCUUGUAUUUCCAAUGAAAGAAGAGAAAAAGGUACCCACGAAUAAGCUCAUAAUAGUUCUGGGUUACCUCCAUAAAAUGAACAAAAAUUACUUUCCAUUCAUCGACAACAAUAUGCUGAAAGGGUGCAUUUUAAAACUUCUGCACGAGAUAGCGAAGCAAAUUAAAAAAGAAGAAACAAAUGUAUCGAAUUAUCAGAUAUUAAUAUUGAUCAAUGUAGAAUUGACUCAUCGAGGUGGCUAUUUGAAUAUCCCCCUCUUGCGCGAAUGUCUUAGGCGCCUGGAGGAAGGCUCUUCCAACCUCUUUGAGAGUGAAGCGGAGAUUAUUCUAUUUCUAAACUUUUUGAAGAAGUUUCGUGAGGCGAAGAAGAUUUGUGGUGACUAUAUAGAGAGUGAAGACCCCAGCCAACACGAUGAUACAUUUCUCCUUUUCAACGAUGCCGCUAGUCGGAGCAGUUUAGAUCAGGUCGAUAGGAUGGUUACUCAACUGACAGAUAAAGUUACCCGUGUAAUGUUCUGCCCUAGGGUACCCAACAUGGUAAACCUAGUUAACAUGGCGAACUCGCCUACCUAUUUUAAGCAGACACUCCUCAAACCCCCCCACCAGCAUAUGUACUACCCACUCAGAGUGUACUUCCUGGCGUAUGAAAAUAUCUCUCCAAAUUAUUCAAAUGAGGAACUCAUAAAAAAUGCUUUACUUAACAAGUUAACGGAACUGAUGCAGUUCCAAAAGGCGAAUCUAACGGAGGAAGAUUUCUUUUCCAUUAUAUCUUCCCUUCUGAAGCAUAAAAUUGUGGACCAUAAGGCUUACUUGCAGUAUGAUUCAUUUUUGCGGGAACGUGAGGGGCUCGUCCAAAUGAAAUAUAUCUUCUUGGUGUUGAAGCGUAUUCUGGAGGAAAUACCCGAGGGGAAUUUACUCAGGGCAUCCGAACAGACAUCGGUGUCCCAAGUUAAUGUAGACUCUCCACUGAUAUCCAUCAUAAAAAUAUCAAGCGAUCUCAUCCUGCAUGACAAUCAGUACCGUGAAAAUUUCACCUUUUUCAAAGAGAUUUUGCACGUGUAUCUGGAUAAGUACCAAUACUUUGGAGAGAUCGCCCCUCAAUUUAACCUCUUCCUGUUGACCCAUUUAAACAACUUAGUGCGUACAAUGGAACAGUUAAGUGAAGUUGAGCUCGCCAGACUAGUUUACCACGUGGCUAGCUUUUACUACACAAUAAAUAAGUUUUCACGUGAUGUGUUCGGUGUAUGCGGGACAAAAAGCAACUCGCGUUGCCACAAAAUUGUUGCAAAUGAAUGGGAGGGGAAAAAAGAACAAGUAAAAAUUGGAGAGGACUCCAUUGACUCAUUACACGAACAAUUACCUAAACCUCCUCAUAAUGAUGCGAAGACGGAUGAUCCCUUGCAUCUAAACAUUCAAGGGGGUAUCGCCCUCCAUUCGGGGAAGGGCACAAUUGUCAGCUACAACGAGCAGGACAUAAGCAAGAAACUACUCCAGAUGCUUAAUUGCCUCUUGGAUGUAUUAUACACUAAGAAAUUAAAAUGCCUGGAAAGAAAUGAGCACAUGAGAUUAUCACUCAGUAACAUUAUUCAAGUUUUUGUUUCUUUGAAGAAUGCCAAACUGAGACACAGAGACUUGAUGCGUUUACUGUCCGAAAGGUGCGUCUACAUCAUGUUUUUCCAACCAGGGACCAUAAAACUAGAGCUGCAAAUUCGGUUCUUUAACAGCGUGGUGUUUCUGGACUACCUGAAUGCAGUCGAUGAGGAAUUUAUGCGCUUGGCUAGUUGCCACCCACAUGCGGCCCACAACGCCUCCAUGCAACGGAGACAUAUACUCUAUGCGCACUUCCAUCAACUACCCAGACAAGCUAUAUACACGCCAAACAUUUCGACGUACCUUCUCAACUUCGUCUCCAUCCUGGAUUAUCUACCCUUCGAGCAUCAGAGAAGAGGUAUCCGGAAGGCUGCAUUUUGGAUUUGCGAACUCCUUCAAAUGUCCUUCCCUAAAGAAGUUGCACCAUCCACCAACAUGUCUACACAGACUAGUAUGGACCAUGAGCCCUACUCUCCCCCCUUAACCAAUCUUGACAAGAGAAACGUUUUUUUCCUCCUCAGCCUCCUGCACCUGGGUAAGUACCCCCAUAUCAACAUUUCGGCAUUCCCCCUAAAGUUCUUGCAGCAAUUUUACAGCCAUUUCAUUCUGAGCGAAUUCGCUCACCUGAGUGUGAGUUCAAGAGUGCGGUCCUCCUCGACCCACCAAAGCAUUUACAAAUUUUUGGAGACUUAUUUGCGGAAGGAAUUCCCCCGCUGUGACAUUUACAACGAAGAGGAAGUGUCCCUGUUCAAGGUGGACCUGGUCAUCCUGCCGAGGCGACACAGUCAUGUGUCCAUAUGCGUCUGUUGA